AUUACACAAGCGACUAAAAAAACAAUUUAACGCGCUAAAAUUGUCGUUGAAGUAAAACGCUAGAAACAAAUAAGUUAUUAUUGGACGCUGUUUUCCACGCGCUGAAUCCGCGACUGUAAAUAGAAACAUUGUAAACAAUAUCCUUUCACUCUCAUCACUGACCGUUUUAAAAAAAUACGCAAAACUGUAUUAUUUUCUCGCACCGAGAAAAUUUUCAUUUUCCCUCUUUCCAAAUACAGAAAAAUUGAAAGCUUCAUUUUCCACUUUCUCCACUUUUCGUCGCUUCGAAAAUGCAUUGAGAAACGGUUCUGUUACUGUAUGAGUAUUUUGAUUUGGAAGAAAAAAUGGAUAUAGCUUUUAGCUUACCACAAUCGAAAGUAGCUUUGACUGGUUUGGAUUCCUGUGUUUUGUUUAGAAGUAGAAGCUCUGGAUGUGGUUUUAUUUGUAAUUCAAGGAAUAUUUUGAAAGGAUAUUGUGGAAGAGACUUCCGAGUUUCGAAUUUGAAGUCGAAUUUGUUGGGUAGGAGUAGUAAACUUUUUAGGGGAAAUAGGGGGGUUUUGUUGAAGUGUCAGGGAAAUGAUUCGUUUGAUUAUGAUAAUGGAAAUGGUAGGAGUGUCGAUAAUUUUAAAGGUUUGAAUGAGGAUUCUGAUUUGGGGUCGAUUUCCGGUGCGGAAUUGGGUGAACCGAUUGGAGAAGGUGGGGGUCAAGUAGAAGUAGAGGUGCAAAAUGUGGAUGAAUUGAAGGAAUUGUUGCAAAAGGCUUUGAAAGAAUUAGAAGCUGCUAGAGUGAAUAGUAUUGUGUUUGAGGAAAAGGUUAAGAAGAUAUCGGAGACUGCGAUAUCGUUGCAGGAUGAAGCAGCAAGAGCUUGGAAUGAUGUUAAUUCUACACUUGAUGUUGUUCAGGAAAUUGUUUGUCAAGAAUUUAUUGCUAAAGAAGCUGUUCAAAAUGCAACAAUGGCUCUUUCUUUAGCUGAGGCAAGGCUUCAAGUAGCUGUCGAAUCUUUGGAGGUUGCAAAUGAAGAUUAUAGUUCUGUGCAAGGUUCGAACGAGAGUGAUGGCGGUAAAGGUAUAGUGCAAGAGGAGAAAGAACGAGUGGUUGCUCUGGAAGAUAUCAAGGAAUGUCAGACAACUUUAGCGUGUUGUGAGGCUGAGUUGAAGCGAUUGCAAAGUAAAAAAGAGGAGUUGCAAAAUGAAGUGAACAAGUUGCAUGAAAUUGCUGAAAAAGCACAGUUGAUUGCAGUUAAAGCGGAGGAGGAUGUCACAGACAUAAUGCACUUGGCCGAGCAAGCUGUUGCCUUUGAACUAGAGGCUGCAAAACGUGUUAACGAUGCAGAAAUUGCAUUUCAGAGAGCAAACAAGUCUGUCACUGGCAUUAAUGAUGAUACCACUGACACUCUACAAGUACAAGAUGUUGUGGCCCUCCCCAAGGAGGAGAAUUUGGUUCAACAAUUUUCUGGUGAUGCUGCUGUUAAAGGAGAGCUCGAGUUAUCAAGUAAUGACGAGUCUUUGCUUGCCACGGGUUCACUAGAGACACAGUCUAACAAAUCCAGCCAAGUCUCGGAAGACAUAACUCAAUCUGAUUAUCUGAGUGAUCAUGAUAAUGGACAGUUAAGCUUAGACUCUUCUAAAGAAUCUGAACCCGAAGUCGAGAAGUCAAAAAGUGCAGUUCAAACAAAAAAACAGGAAAACCACAAAGAUUUGACUAGAGAUAAUUCACCAUCUGCUCCCAAGACAUCAUUGAAGAAAUCUUCCCGAUUUUUUCCUGCUUCAUUUUUCUCUUCUAGCACAGAUGAGAUUGAUUACUCACUAGCAUCACUUUUCAAUGGUCUUGUGGAAUCUGCACAGAAUCAAUUACCCAAGCUGAUUGUUGGGUUAUUGUUAAUUGGAGCAGGGGUCACCUUCUAUUCCAACCGACCAGAGAGGAGUUCUCAGCUGCUUCAGCAGCCUGAAGUCAUUACAGCCACUGUUGAAGAAGUUUCCUCAAGUGCAAGGCCUCUAGUUAGACAACUAAAGGAACUCCCCAAUAGAAUUAAGAAAGUUAUUGCAUCGUUACCUGAUCAAGAGGUGAAUGACGAGGAAGCCUCCCUCCUUGACAUGCUCUGGCUAUUACUUGCAAGUGUUAUAUUUGUCCCGCUGUUUCAAAAAAUUCCUGGAGGGAGUCCUGUUCUUGGUUACUUGGCUGCUGGAAUCUUGAUUGGGCCUUAUGGACUCUCCAUCAUUCGCAAUGUUCACGGGACAAAAUCAAUAGCCGAAUUUGGAGUUGUUUUCCUAUUAUUUAAUAUUGGUCUGGAGCUCUCUGUGGAAAGGCUUAGUUCAAUGAAGAAAUAUGUCUUUGGAUUAGGCUCUGCUCAGGUUUUGUUGACUGCCGCAGUUAUUGGGUUGGUGGCUCAUUAUAUUUGUGGCCAAGCUGGCCCUGCUGCUAUUGUUAUUGGGAAUGGCCUGGCAUUAUCAUCAACUGCUGUUGUUCUGCAGGUGUUACAGGAGAGAGGCGAAAGCACAUCGCGACAUGGGCGAGCUACAUUUUCCGUGUUACUUUUUCAGGAUUUGGCCGUUGUUGUCUUGCUAAUACUCAUACCUCUUAUUUCACCUAAUUCUUCCAAAGGAGGGGUUGGCUUUCAAGCCAUUGCUGAAGCUCUUGGUCUGGCUGCUGUUAAGGCUGCAGUUUCCAUCACUGCCAUAAUUGCAGGUGGACGAUUGCUCCUUCGACCUAUAUAUAGGCAGAUUGCAGAUAAUCAGAAUGCAGAAAUAUUUUCUGCCAAUACACUCUUUGUUGUUCUUGGGACCAGCCUUCUCACUGCCAGGGCAGGCCUGUCCAUGGCUUUGGGAGCAUUUUUGGCUGGUUUGCUACUGGCAGAAACUGAAUUUUCCUUACAGGUUGAAUCUGAUAUUGCUCCAUAUCGUGGCCUUCUAUUGGGCCUCUUCUUUAUGACGGUUGGAAUGUCAAUUGAUCCAAAACUUCUUCUUUCAAACUUUCCUGUCAUCAUAGGGACACUGGGACUCUUGAUAUGUGGCAAGACCCUCUUGGUUGCUUUGAUUGGCAAAAUUUUUGGUGUUUCAAUAAUAUCUGCCAUUAGAGUUGGGCUUCUUCUUGCUCCUGGAGGAGAAUUUGCAUUUGUGGCUUUUGGUGAAGCUGUUAAUCAGGGUAUAAUGUCUUCCCAGUUGUCCUCUUUGCUGUUCCUUGUUGUGGGAAUUUCAAUGGCGCUUACACCCUGGUUGGGUGAAGGAGGCCAGCUGAUUGCUUCCCGUUUUGAGCAACAUGAUGUACGAAGCUUAUUACCUGUAGAAAGUGAGACAGAUGAUCUGCAUGAUCAUAUCAUUAUUUGUGGAUUUGGGCGAGUUGGCCAGAUCAUUGCACAACUUCUUUCUGAGCGACUUAUUCCUUUUGUUGCACUAGAUGUGCGAAGUGAUAGAGUGGCAGUUGGGCGCUCCUUGGAUCUCCCUGUGUACUUCGGUGACGCUGGUAGUCGAGAGGUCCUACAUAAAGUUGGGGCUGGAAGGGCAAGUGCUGCAGCAAUAACUCUAGAUUCCCCUGGUGCAAACUAUAGAACAGUUUGGGCUCUGAGCAAACACUUCCCAAAUGUGAAGACUUUUGUUCGUGCUCAUGAUGUUACUCACGGAUUGAAUUUAGAAAAAGCUGGUGCUACCGCCGUUGUCCCAGAGACCUUGGAGCCAAGUCUUCAACUAGCAGCAGCAGUGCUUUCUGAGGUUAAACUUCCUGCAUCAGAGAUUGCGGCAACAAUUAAUGAAUUCAGAUCCCGUCAUCUGGCUGAGCUUACAGAACUAUCUGAAACAAGUGGAAGUUCUCUUGGAUAUGGAUAUAGCAGAAUCAUGAGCAAACCCAAAUCCCAAUCUCCGGAUACAAUUGACGACAGCCAAGUCCAUGAAGGGUCAAUGUGAAGAUUACCCCAUUUAUACAAAGCAACAGAAGGCAACAGAAAACAAAUUAAGAAAAAUGAUUAUUUUGGGAAAUUGUAUAGCAGAUCAGAUGUUCAAUUAUUUAUUUACAUUGUACAGAAAUGUAUCUGCAUUGAAGAUGCAAAAUCUGUAUGUUAUUUAUUUCACUUGUUGUAAAUUAUUAUCAUUCAUAUCCUUCCUCAGAUUUCUGAUAAGGAUGAUAUCAUUGUUGUAUGUAACAAUCAUUGAUAUUAUUAUUAUAUCAUAUUCUUUGGCUUUCGAAAGCAUGUA